AUGGCUCUUUCACUGCCACAGGUGGUCUCAAAUCCUUUUCCACAGACCUCUCGUCGUCCAUCUCUCCCCACAAAAGCCUCCUCCCUGCCCACUCCAGUGGUAACCAGCAGUCAAUUAGCCAAUGAAGUAAUCAAAAAACUUCUCCAGUUUCAGUUGGUUAGUCGUAUGGAGAGUCUGACGAGGGAAGAUGACGAUUAUUCCGUACACCUCUCUCCACCUAUCCACUCAGGUAACACGUCUCUCGAGUCGAGCAUUCAUUCUGGUUCUGGAAGAAGCCUCUAUAAGACGGAGAUUUGCAAACGUUAUCUAAUGAAUCCAAACUCCGCCUGUGAGUACGGAGCGCGUUGCCGAUUCGCACAUGGCUUAAAAGAACUCCAUCUCACUGCUCGUCAUCCGAGGUACAAAACUGAGCACUGUAGAGCGUACCAGCUCACUGGAAGUUGCCGAUAUGGCAAGAGGUGCGAUUUCAUUCACAAUGAGACCCCCUACGAGUUGGAUCUCAUGAGAACGGAGAACGCACUUUACCAAGAAUACUGUCUUCGUCAUCCAAAGGCGAAACACGUGACUCUCCUGGAGGUUCUACGGGAAUUCGCUCCCAGUCGACCCGAAUUUACCGGAUUGCUUAGUCACUUGGAAGUCUGCAUGACUCCCCGUCAAGAGGUGAAGGGGAGGGGUGUUAAGUCUGCGUAG